GAAUUCCACAAUUCGGACACGACUUCAGCCUCUCUGAUUGGGUGAAUACCAAAAGCAAAACAAGCCAUGGCCCAGCUGGCAAAGUUCAGUCCCGUUCAGUAGUGUUCGUGGAAUCUCUGGUCAGAAUAAUGUCAGAGAGGAGCCACGUGGACUCUCCUACGAAGUGCGUAAAGGAAAACCACAACUUCGACAACCUCUCUGGGUCCAUGGAUACUCAUGACAUUUGUGCUACGAUCAGAGAUUGCUUGGGGAGUCUCCGUCACUCGAGCUCCACAAGAGUCCCUGGGAAUUAGCUCAAGACAGAGCGUGAACGUGCUUGGCUUCGCGUGACAGGGAGCAAGCCACACACGUUCAGCUCCUCAGGAGAUUUGACAUUCAGCAGAUCCCGCCUCUGCGAAACGCGAAGUAGUCAAGUAGGCAACAAAAAAUUCACCUGAUCGACGUACUACGUCUAAGUGUGAAAGGAAGAAAAGAAAAUCGAGAAAUAUCAUCCUCAGGGAAGUACAAGAAGAAGCAGCUCAAAAGACCAAAAGCCGAGACGAGAAUUGAGUGACAGCUGUGUCUGGGGGAUAGAAAUCCACCUGAGAUGUGGGGUACAACGGCCCCCCUGCGCCCGUCUGCACUGCGAGACUCUCUUGCGGUCAUAGAAUGCAGAGGACAGGAGAAACAACCUCAUCCACAAUUGCUGAGUAAAUCGAAUUCCGGACCUUCUUGUUCUGUUGUGUCGUUCUGUGGUUUUAAAUCCCCCGGCUGGAGGUCUCUCCCGCCAGAGAAUUCGACGAAGGGUCAAAGUUUUCUACACGGCUUGGGGAGAGGGCUGGUGACAAAUGUGGACUGUGCGAGAAAACCUAGACGAGGGAAAGGACAUUUGAGCGCCUCAGCAGCUCAAAGAUCCUUUUCUAGGCUCGAAGCUGUCGGUCGAGAGGACUCCCAAGUGCAGGUCGGUGAAGAAGAUGUGGGGGAUCAGAUUUUGGAAGAUUGGGUAGCCCUUGACGUGUCGGAGGAUAUUAGAAGGCAAGGACCAGACGCUGUGCAAGUGAUUGUGGAGAAGACGGGUUCAAACCAGAGGAAAAUCACCGCCAAGAUUUUGAUCCGAGCCUCUUUGGAGGACGUUUGGGCUCUUCUGACCGACUACGAACGGCUGGCGGACUUCAUACCAGGUCUAGCUGUCAGCGAAAUGUUGGAAAAAAGAGGAAAUGGAGCUCGCCUUUAUCAGGUCGGAGAGCAAGAUAUUGCCUUAGGAGUGAAGUUCAAAGCCAAAGCUGUCGUUGAUUGCGAGGAGAAGCCUAGUGAAGUACACCCGAAUCUUGUGCGACGAGACAUCGAUUUCAACACUAUCGAAGGAGACUUCCAAAUUUUCAAGGGUACAUGGCGAAUUGAGCAGGUUGGUGGCCCUUCGACUUUCACAACCCGUACUGUGGGCGGAAGGAAGGAGCACAGAACAUUUCUGUAUUAUAUAUUAGACGUUCAACCAAAAAUCUGGUUACCUGUGGCACUUGUGGAGGGAAGAUUGACUAGCGAAGUGAAAACUAAUCUAGUUUGUAUUCGCGACAAAGCACAAAAGGGCCUCGCGAAGUAGUAUGUUAGAACCUCAAAGGUGAUUUUUGAAGGGAAUGUCAAGUUCGUAUGGCGUAUGGCGAAAUCUCUUCUGUAUAAGUGUAAAAAUGUGAACCUGUCGAACAAUUGUGAUGAAAACGCGGUCAUCAGCCAACCGUAUUACCAAAAAUUGAUCAGCUCCUCCAUAAUAUAAGCUUGGGUGUGGUUUGUAGAUCGGCCCUCAUGGCAUAUUGUGAAUUACUUCCUU